AUGAUUCUGUGUCAAAUACGUAGUUCAGUGCUUGUUCGCCGAGGAUCUUUAAAUAUGGAGCCGUUAAAGCGAGUCGUACUUGAUGAUGUUUAUCACGUUCACAAACAAUUGGGAACCGGUCGAUUCGGUUUUGUUAAAUUAGCGGAACACAAAGAAUCGAAACAUGAUAUUGCUAUUAAGUUCUUUCCUCGACCUGAGAUUAAGCAGAUUGAUUUUGUUCGAGAAUACAAUUAUUCGUACUUCUUAUCACCCCAUCCCAAUAUUAUUGAUACCUAUCAAGGUAUUUACCAAACUGAUGAUGAAAGUGCUUAUUUUUUCGUUCAAGAAUUUUGUCCUUUUGCGUCAUUUCGCGAAACAGUUGAAGCUUCUUCAAGUGGAAUUGGAGAAACUGCUACAAAAACAAUUAUGCUGAAGGUGCUGGCUGCUAUUGAAUUUAUGCACAGUGAAAAUUUGGUUCAUCGAAACUUAAAAGCUGAAAAUAUACUCAUUUUUGACAGAAACUACCAUAAAGUAAAAGUGACUGAUUUUGGAUUGACACGAAAAGUAGGCACAUCUGUUCGUCAUUUGGAAUAUGUCAAUUAUUAUCAUGCACCAGAAUUAUGUGAAACUGUUGUUAACGAAACUUUCAUUGUUGAUCGAUCAAUUGAUAUCUGGGCUAUAGGAAUAUUAAUUUACUACAGUCUUCGUGCACGUUUUCCAUGGCAAAAAGCAACAAUCAUGUGUAAACCAUAUUGGGAAUGGGAACAGUGGCUGAAAAGGAAAAAUUUGCAAUUACCGAAACGUUUCGAUUGCUUCACUGAAAAAUCGCUGAAAUUAUUCAGGCGAACACUUGAAAUAAGAUGUAAGGAUCGAUGGAGUGUGAAAAAUGUCUCAAAAUGUUUAAUGAAGGAAAAAUUGUUGAAAACGCCAAAGAUCGCUGAAGAAGUGUGA